ACCCACAGUAUAAAAGCCACGGGGGCUGGAUGUGCACAAAAUUCACCUACAGCCAGAGGGAGAAGACAGGAGGGGCCUGUUGGGAUAAGAGAGGAUUUUAGAGACCAACUUCAGAAGCAAAUAGCAGUCAAAUCAGAUCGAGAGACAAAGACGGAUAGAGGCUGAAGGCAGAGUGACAAAGCGAGGCAUAGAGGCCCCGAGCCGAGGCAGUCUACUCCUGAUCUCCUUCGACACUGCAGCCUCCCCCACCCCACUAUCAAUGUCCACCUCAUCCGCCUUUCGCUCGGAGCGCACUUUCCACCAGGCCUCCUCGUCCAGCUACACGGAGAAGAGUCGAGGCAUCUUCGGGGAGGACUUUGGGUCGUUCGUGCACCCCCCGCUGGGGGACGGCUCGGCGACCUUCGAGGGUCAGUCAGGCAACGUCAGGACGCUGGGAGAUACGUACCAGUUCACUGUGGAUGUCAGAGGCUUUUCCCCGGAGGACGUGAUUGUCACAACCUCAAACAACCAGAUCGAGGUUCGGGCAGAGAAGCUGGCAGCAGAUGGCACAGUAACAAACACAUUUGCCCACAAGUGCCAGCUGCCAGAAGACGUGGACCCCACCUCGGUGACAUCAUCUCUCAGUGACGGGGGCACUCUCACCGUCAAGGCAUGCAGGCACCCAGCUAAACUGGAGCACGCUCAGACCUUUCGCUCCGAAAUAAAGAUCUAACAUGGUGUGGCUCACUACGGUCUCCCUGCCCCUCCCUACAUUCCCUGAAUCCUUUGCUGUUUAUACUAGAUGUCUCUAGUCAUUACCCAGAAUCCUUUUUUCCAUGACACCAUGUCAUCCCCACAUUCCUUUGUCUCUUCCCCCGCUAUGCCAUUUUCCCAGCACCUUCUAUAUAAAUGUACUCACGUAUAUAUUGUUCAUCUCUGUGACUUUCUGAGCAUGUUCAUCAGAAGGACAUAGAUACCCAAACUGUAAACUUUUUACACAAAGUAUUUACUUAUAUUGGGCACAUUUAUUGCAGAAUACAAACUCAUACAACAUCCUGAAUAGCUGUAAUACAUAUUUAACACACUGUACUCAUUAAAACAGCUGAAAAAUGAAAUGUUUUUUUUUUCAGAAUA